CAACUUUGCAUGAGUUGGUGAUGGAUAAGUAUUGCACAUUCAUUUUAUUUUUAACAAACAUUGUGAUCGCGUUUCGAGUUUAACUUUUCGGUGAAACCCAACGUGAAAACUGUACGAGGCUUUUAUCAGGGUUUAAGGUCAGAGUACUUCUCUUCGAGUACUACUAUGAGCUUUCUGACAAUCUCAAGCAGCUCCUCAAUUCUUCAAUCUUUUCCACCCAAAUUCUGCAUCUCCCAAUGGAAAAAGAGAACCCCUUCAGCAUUUACAGCACGCAAUUCCAAGAUUUACAGUCCCUUCUCCAUCCCAUCAAGAUUCCAAAUUUCAGCUCAUUUCGGCCGACGUACCAAACGUCAAAACUAUUUGAGGAAAAAGCUCACUCAACGCCAACAACAACAGGUAAUUGAAACCCCCAUUAUUCACUUCCCUAGUUCUGAAAAUAAUGAUGAAAAAACCAUGUCAAACUCCAUUAUUCAAAAUCCAAGUAGUGAAAGUUUUCAAUUUGGCUCUGAAAGCGGUGAUGAAAAAAGCAAGAAUCUUGUUUCUGAUACUGGGGUGGAGUUAAAAACAAAGGCUUUAGGGGAGUCUGUUUUAUGGAAUAAAUUGGAAAGCUGGGUUGAGCAGUAUAAGAAGGAUACAGAGUUUUGGGGUAUUGGUACUGGUUCUAUUUUUACUGUUUUUCAAGAUUCUGAGGGUAAGGUCAAAAGGGUGGCUGUAAAUGAGGAUGAAAUUUUGAAAAGAAGCAGAAUUGAUCCAACAUUGUAUCGGAACGCUAAGAUUGAGGAGCAUGAGGAUGUUAAAGCAAAAAUUUCAUUCGCCGAGGUCUUAGCUAGGGAAAUGGAAACUGGUAAAAGUUUGCUUCCUAAGAAUAGUUCGGUCGCUAAAUUUGUAGUUUCAGGAGAAGAGAAGUCCAACACUGUGAGUGGACUCAGCACUUUUACUCUUAAUCCUGGUCUAUCUAAAAAGUUGCCUAGAGUUGGAUUCGUGGUAUUUUGUGGUUUCAUUUUGAUUUGGGCGGUAAAGAAAAUGUUUAUUACUGGUAAUAAUGGAGAAGAAGAGUACUCAAGGUUGGAGAAGGAAAUGCUGAGGAGGAAGAUGAUAGCUAGAAAGGAGAGGGAGAAGACUGUGAAAGGUGAGGUGGAAGUUAUCCAAGAGCCAGAUAACAUGUCCCUGGAAAAGCCUCGGCUUGAUAAGCUAUACGACGGUAGUUUAGCAUUACCAGAGCAGUUUCAGAAUGAGCAGUUUGAGGAUGCCGAAUUCUAUGAUAAGAUUCAAGAAAUCAGAAAGAUGGCGAGGCAUGCACGAGAACAGGAAAAAGGAAAUUCUCUUCAAGCUGAUAAUGGAGGAGAUUAUCCAGCCUCAAUCGAACACUCUAAUGAAAAGGAAGUUGUUGAACAGAAAUUGUUUGAGGAUAAUGGAGUCCAUGCCGGUUCAUCUUCACUGUUUAGUCAUGAAGUGCAGACCUCUAGCAGAAAUUUAGAACCUCCAGAUGAUAUAAAAAGCUCUAUGGAAAAUGUACAUCAGUCAAAACAUGAUGUAAGCUCAACUGAUGGAACUGAAGUAACUGAAAAAUCUGUUCUAAUGUCUGGCCAAUCAAGCAAGCCUAGUGAAAUUUCUGUGGCAUCAAAAUCAAAAAUCAUUCUGUCAGUUAAGGAAGCUAGGGAGUACCUCUCAAAACUGAAAGCGAAGCAAGAAAGUAUCGCUGAAAGUGAUCCAGAGGGUGAGAAGGUAUCAAUACCACUAAUAGAAAAGGAGAGUAGUGGUGAUGUGAACCAGCUGUCUGCUAAUGCAGGAAAAGAAUUUGACCCGUUGCCUUUAUGGGGAACAUCUGAUUUUUCUUCUGAAGAUUCUAGUUUCAAACGAAAAGAAUUUCUUCCAACCAGCAACGGUGCUGUAUCUGUACAGAACAAAGCGAAAAGUCAUCCAAGUCAAAGUUCUUAUGAUGAUGACAACAACAGAUAUGAAGAGCUUAAACCACUUGAUUCCCCGUCACCUGACCAAGAAGGAACAGUUGGUUAUGUGAGCUCACAACUGACUGAUGAGAUCAAAAUCUUUCCAUCCAAUGACAUUCCUGAACAUGUUGAUAAAGUAGUCGUACAUACUGAAUUACCUGAAACUUUCUCUGAUCAAGACGGUAAUGGCAGAACUGCAGAACUGGAACCAUCACCAAAUAAUGGAAGCUGGUUGGAAAAGAAUUUCCAUGAAUUUGAACCGGUCAUUAAGAAAAUUCAGACAGGGUUUAGGGAUAAUUACCUAGUGGCAAAGGAGAAAUCUGAUGAGGAGCUGAAUCUGAAAACUCAGAUGUUUCAUCUUGAGACUAAUGAGAAUGUCAGCGAGCUUGAGUGGAUGAAAGAUGAGAGACUUAAAGAAAUUGUUUUUAAAGUUAGAGAAAAUGAGCUCGCUGGUAGAGAUCCAUUUUCUCAAAUGGAUGAUGAAGAUAAACUUGUCUUCUUCAGUGGCCUUGAGAAGAAAGUUGAUCAAGAGAAUAAACAACUAAUGGAUUUGCACAAGUGGCUCCACUCAAACAUUGAAAACCUUGAUUAUGGAGCAGAUGGCAUCAGUUUGUAUGACCAACCGGAGAAAAUUAUACCUCGCUGGAAAGGUCCACCAAUGGAAAGAAGUUCUGAGUUCCUAGAGUACUUUGCAGAAGAGAGAAAGGUAGUUGCUGAAAGCAUAAAAAACUCAAAUCUCAUAAAGAAAGAAAGACAAGACUUGCCUCAAGGAUUGCAAGAAUCUCCAUCAAGCAAUAAAAUUGAUUCGACUUCAGCUCCCAGGACCAUCAUUGAAAGUAGUGAUGGUUCCAUCAGAGCUGGCAAGAAAUCUGGUAAAGAGUACUGGCAGCAUACAAAGAAAUGGUCCCAGGGGUUCUUGGAGUCCUACAACGCAGAGACAGACCCGGAAAUUAAAGCUGUAAUGAAGGAUGUAGGGAAGGACUUGGAUAGAUGGAUUACGGAAAGAGAAAUAAAGGAAGCUGCUGAUCUAUUGGACAACUUACCCGAGAAGGGAAAGAAGCUUAUCAAAGAGAAACUUGACAGGGUCAAAAGAGAAAUGGAACUGUUUGGACCCCAGGCAGUAGUGAGCAAAUAUCGUGAAUAUGCAGAUGAAAGGGAAGAGGACUACCUAUGGUGGCUUGAUCUACCCUGUAUAUUGUGUAUUGAAUUAUACACCGAGGAAGAAGGAGAGAUGAAGGUAGGAUUCUAUUCACUAGAGAUGGCCGCUGAUCUGGAAUUGGAUCCCAAGCAGUAUCACGUAAUUGCUUUUGAGGAUGCUGGCGACUGUAAGAACCUUUGCUAUAUAAUACAGGCUCAUAUGGAAAUGCUUGGCAAUGGGAAUGCCUUUGUUGUUGCACGACCUCCUAAGGAUGCUUUUCGGGAGGCCAAAGCAAAUGGUUUUAAUGUGACGGUUAUCAAGAAAGGGCAGCUGCAGCUCAAUGUGGACCAGACAUUGGAAGAGGUGGAGGAAGCUAUCACGGAUAUUGGAAGUAAGAUAUACCAUGACAAAAUCAUGCGUGAACGCUCUUUGGAUGUAUCUACAGUAAUGAAGGGUCUAUUUGGUACUGGAAAACCUAUGAAGAAGAGGAGGAGGUCACGGAGGAAGCUAAAGAAGCCCACUUCUAAAUAGCUGUUAUGUUGGUGUUUUCAGGAGGAACUUAAAGGCAGACUGGCAGAGGCAGCCCCUGUUAAUUGAUUCUUCAUAACUGAGGAAAUGUUAUGUACUUUGAGAAAUUAAAAGGAGAGCUCUAUAUCGGUUUCUGUUUUUUCCUCUAAUUGGACGCUUUUCUUAUGUUCCCUGAGGUUGAGCCUGUUUUUUAGUCAAAUGGGAGAUCGUGAUGGCAUAUUUUUAGCUGCUGAAUGAUUCCUCAACCUAUGACAGGGCUGGCUAUUAUGGAACUCAGUUGCCUAGUUUCUAUUAGUCAACAAUGUUAUGUCAUGGACCUAGAGUCUUUCUAACACCAUGUACUGCAUGUGGCGGGGCGUUCACAGUUAGCUGAGAUGGUAUUGUUCUUUGAAUUUUAAUGGACAUUUGAAAUCUGGGCCUGAAGCAACGAGUUGACUAAGGUGACUCUUGUUCAUUAUCAUUUGUUUCUUUCCCCGGUAAAGGUGCUCAAAGAUGAGUUCCAUGGUAUAUAUUCAGUUGCUGCAAUUAUCCUAGAAUGAAUAAUUAGGAAUCCUUCCACAGCUGAAAGACUGCAUGGAAAUUUUUUGUAUUUAUGAUGGUUUAGUGACUUCCCUCUGUGCAUCUCUAGACACCUCCCUGAUGUGGAUGGCUGUGUAAUUAUAUCAAAACUGUUAAAGCUCUUCUGUGAAAAUCACAUUAUUAAAAGUAGAAAGUUUAUUGUGAUUUAGAGGUC